UGUAUUUAUCUAUCUAUCGAUCGCUUCGCUUGUUCUCUUGUCCGAAUUUCCAAAAAUUUUCUCACUACUGUUUUUAGAGAGAGAAAGAGAUAGUGCUUUAUUUAUUUAUUUUUAAUUUUUAGAAGUGUAAUUUUUGAGCUUAAAAAAGCCAAGAUAUAAACAUUAACACACUACAAAAUUUUGCGGUUUUUUUUUUUUUUUUUUUUGUUAAUUGAUCAGUGUAUUAGAAAACGGCAGGCCGUUUACGUCAUUUCUUUGUCAAGCUCUUUCUCUUUGUGUCAAAAGAACCCUAAAUUCUCGCUUCUUCAGAUCACAAUACACUGUCAAAAAGUUUGGUACACUCUUUUGGAGCUUCUGGGUUUUUUUUGGUAAUUAUGCUCUGCUAUAGCUGAAAGAUGAUAAUUUGAGGCAUCCUUUCAGGUGGUCUGACUAAGUAUCUAUUUAUGUAUGGAUAGACCUACUAUUCGUCUCAAAUAAUCAGUUCGAAGGACUCUGGUGGUUUUAUUUUUAAUGCCUGGUAACAAAGUUGAAGACGGGAUUCACAAUAUAUAUGAGUUAGAUAACUGUUCCCGGCGCCAGCAUCCAUCUCAAGCUGUUGGUGGCAGUUGGCCAGAACAUGAUUACAAUCAGUGGGUUGGAAAGCCGGCACAAAUUGUGACACCACCAAAUUUCAAUCUGAAGAAUUACAGCUUACAGCGAUUAGAUACUGUGGAGGGGCAUGCUUCUGAGUCACUACAUGUGCCAUUUGACAAGAACUAUUCCCAAUUGACUCCAAGGUCAGAGUAUUCUAGAAGUCUCACCUUAAGUAAUCCCCUGAGUGCAAAUGAAUUUUUGCUUGGAUGCCAGAAUUUCCUGUCUAAGCAGAACCAGCCAGGAAUUUUUGGUGAAAACACCUGUUAUGACCAGCGAAUUCUAAAUUCUAAAGGCUUCCCUAUCCUUAAAUCGCAACAUGAAAAUGAGUGUGCAGACAGUCCCACCUUGACAACAAACUCAGAAAGGUCAGAGAUUACUGAAGCUUCUAGUGAUUUUAACUUUCUUACAGGCCAGCAACAACUUGCAAGAGAUCAAGAGCUGAGUGCUACGCAGAACUACCUAAUGCAGCAGCCUGGCUAUAAUGACAUGCAGUUGUUGCAGCAGCACAUGAUGUUCAAGCAGUUGCAAGAAUUUCAGAGACAGCAGCAGCUUCAGCAGCUAGGUGAUUUGAGGCCACAGAACUCCUUAAACCAAUUUUCUACUAUAUCUAGACAGACAACUGGGGGUCAGUUUUCACCCCUUAUAAAUGGAACACCUGUUCAUGAUGCAUCACAAAUGCUCAGGAACUGGAUGCACCGAGGUGCAUCUCCUGCUACACAAGGACUAUCGAAUAAAGCUGUAUUCUCCCAAGAGCAAGGUCAGGCUUUGCGUUCCAUGGGUCUUACUCCUCAGCAGCUUGAUGCCUCUUUAUAUGGUUCUCCUACUUCUAACACUAGAGGCAACAUGAGUCAAUAUGCCCAUCUCCAAGGACUAUCACAUGAAUCUGUCAAUCUAUUGGCCAAGGCUAGUGGUCAAGUACAAAAAUCCAUGAUGCAGUCGUCUGGAUUUGGCGGCCCCUAUUUAGGGGAUCAGCCUGCUAUUCCUGAUCCGAUAGGCUUAACCCAAGGAGCUUUGAUAUCCAAGCAGGAAAUUCUGAUGAAAAAUAAUUCUGGACAAGCUCCUUUUCAGGGUCUUAACAGUGGAGUUUUUACAGGAAACCUUCCAGAGGUUAAUACUCCACAGGUGCCUGCUUCUGGGAAAGAAUUUAGCGGGAGACAUGAACAAGCUGGUUGGCCUGCAAUACAGCAAACGAAACAACUUGGUGCUUCUCAGGGUUUGGUUCCUUUAGACCCGAUGGAAGCAAAGAUUUUGUACAAUAUGGAUGAUAACAUAUGGGAUGCUUUUGGAAGUCGCCCUGACACUAGUGCGGGAGGCUUGGGCAACACAUUGGAACAUCCAGACUCAUCUUAUGCAUUUCCUUCUAUUCAGAGUGGGAGCUGGAGUGCACUUAUGCAGUCUGCUGUCGCAGAGGCUUCCAGCAGUGAUACUGGGUUACAAGAAGAGUGGAGUGGCUUGACUUUUCAAAAUACUGAGCAGUCAACCGAUAAUCAAAUUUCAAAUUUUGUGGAUAGUGAGAAGCAACCGACGGGCUGGGUUGAUAACAACUUGCAAAGUGCCUCCUCCUUUAGCUCAAAACCUUUUCCUAUGAUUACUGAUUCUAGCAUGAACUCUAGCUUCCCUGGCUUUCAGCACCCAGGAACCCAAAUAUCAGUUGAACAAAGAGAGGAUAUUUGCCAGGAUGGUUCUCAUGAAUCCAUUGAGAAUUACAACCCUCAGCAGAAAUCAUUAGUUGAAGAUGGUCAAAAGGUUCAAACAAUUCAUUCAGAUAAUGCAUGGUCUGGACAGAUGUUUGAACACUCACAAAAUGCUGCAUUGCAUCAGAAAGGAUCCUCAAGUAAUAUUACAUUGGACAACAAGGGCAGUAAGAGCAUAGCAAGAACCCAACAUCAGAUGAGUAAUGGCCCCCAUGUUGCACUUAACUCUUUUAGGGGGGUCAAUGAAACACGUGAAAUGCAACAUAAUUACCAACAAAAAGAGAGUUCUAAUGACUGCUCAAGAGGCUCGAGUAGUCAUGAGCAAGGACAUAUUGAACAAUUCAAGUUUUUUGGUAAUGUUCCCAGCAGUGUGGUGAGUGUAGAUAAGGCAUCUUUACCUGAUUUUCAAGGAAGUUCCAGAGCGCCAGACGAGGUACCUUCUAGAGGUGAUCAUGGCUCUAAUGCAUCCACGAAUUUUCAUGGAUCGGUUCUCCCUGAUGGCUCUAACGCCACUGGUCAGACAAGUGAACAUAUGCUUGAGCUGCUUCACAAGGUUGACCAUUUAAAGGAUGAUAGCACUAUAAAACAAUUUGAAUCAACCGACUGUAAUUCAUUGGCUGAAAUGCCUGGAGCAGAUUCACAUGAUACAUCUGUUACUCAAAUGUAUGCUCAGUCUUGUGCUUCCCAAGGUUUUGGUUUGAGGCUGGCUCCUCCAUCUCAAAGGUUGGCCAAUUCAAACAGUUUUCUUCACCCUCCAGGUUUACCACAGACUACAAACAAUCCGAGUUCUAGACAAGUUAAUCCCGAGUCAGGGGAUAAAAAUCAGGCUUGGCUAACUCCAUCUUUAUUUCAGUCUUCACCUCAUCCAUAUGAGUUGGCUCAAAGAGCACAUUGGGAUAAUAAAUCCGGUACUCUGGGACAAGCAAACUUUUCUCGAUACAUGAAUAUGCAGGGAAGCACUGCUGCACCAUUUUCACCAGGUCUUACUCAAGCAAGAAGUCAGCCUCAAAUGCGUCCCUUAUCCAAUGUACCUGUUACUUCUCAAUCUUUGCAGGCAGCAUUACCUGGUGCUACUACCAGAUUUCCACCUUUUAACCACGCCCUGUCACAAGAUGCUUCUCAACAGACGCACAGCAAUGCUGACAAUCAACAAUUUCCAGUUUUAAAUACUUUACCUAAAUCUCAGCAUCCCAACAUAUCAGGCAUGUCUCAACCAGGUGAGAAUUCCGCAAGGCCAUACAAUGUGUGGAGAAAUGUGCCAACCCAGCGACAACCUUUUGGCGUGGAACCUGUCAAGUUCUCCAAUUUGCCUUCCUCCAAGGAUCCAACAAAUACUAGCAUGAUAAGCACUUCACAGGUUUCAAGAGGGUUGCAUGAUCAAAAUUCCUUAAAAGGGGGAUAUAAAUUAUUGGAAGUUGGUGCAUCUUCUCAUUCACACGGCUUUGACCACAAGGAAGAGCAUCCUGGAAAGGAAAUGUUGCAACAACGAAUAUCAUCUGAGGUACUUUCUCGGUUAGAUGGUGCAUCUCAAGGACAAGAACCAGUUUCAGAUGCAACUGCUCUUACAUCUGGCUUGUUGGUAUCUACUCCUCAGCAGCAAGAACAGGGCUUUGAUAAAGCAAGGCAUAGCAACAACAUGGCUUUAGCUACUUCUGAAAAAAAUCUUGACUCCUUCAGCCAUUCACAUCAUGACCAGCAAAACUAUUCCCUUCUGCACCAAGUCCAGGCAAUGAAUAAUGGCGCAGAAUGUGCUGCAGCUUUGGGGGGACAACAGUUACAUGAUAAUAUUUCAAGGUUCAGACGCCCUCGAGAUGAUGGACUGAAUUCAACAUCAGUAUCCAAUUCCUUUCCAUCUGGGGAUGGUGAAAUGCUUAGCUUCCCAGCAGAAGCAAGGGAGGGUGUAACUGCAAAAGCUCCUCUGCAAACUGCUCUUCAAUCCAGACCUUCUCAGGAGAUGGCCAGAUUUGGUUAUAAUGACUCUCAUGUUCAAUCUAGCAGCAGCAAUGAGCUAUCUAAUCAUAUGGAGCAUGGCCAUGUUAAUCUGCAUAUGGCACACUCCUUGAUGAAGCAGUAUGGGGCUCUUAGAAAUGGACAGAUGGCACCAAUGUUUGAUGCUAGACUUGCAACAGCUGCUGCAUUGCAACUAUCUCGUGGAAAGCCUUCUCAGAAUUUGCAUAUUCAUACCCCUCUGGAAAUGUUAGAUGUGGCUAAUGUUGGUCAGGGUGGCAGGGUUUGGCCCAGUGCAGCAGCAGCCUUGGUAGCAAGUCAGCAGUUGUCAUCCCCAUAUAUGUUGCCUCCAGAAGUUGCCAAUCAAAUGGCUAUUACGAGAACAAAGAAGCGCAAAGUCACAGAGUUUGACCUUUUACCGUGGCACAAAGAAGUGACUCAAGAUUCUAAAAGGCUUCAAAAUAUCAGUUUGGCAGAACAAGACUGGGCACAAGCUACAAACCGGCUAAUUGAGAAGGUGGAAGAUGAGGUUGAAGUUAUCGAGGAUCUACAACCGAUGCACCGAACAAAGAGAAGGCUUAUAUUAACAACACAGCUUGUGCAACAAUUGUUUCGUCCUGCACCAGCAUCCAUUUUCUCUAGAGACGCUGCCUCAAGUUAUGGCAUCAUAUCAUACUUUGUUUCUAGAUUAUCACUGGGGGAUGCUUGUAGCCUUGCUUACUGCACAAAAAAUGAUUUCCCAAAGCCUGUAAACAAUGAUAAAACGAAUUCUGAGAAGCUCAAAAUCUCUGAAAGAAGUGGUGACCAGAAAAUUAUGGAAGUUGUGGAAGAGUUCACUAAUAGAGCAAAUAAGCUGGAUAAUGACUUCCAAAGAUUGGACAUGACAGCAUCAGUUGUAGAUGUAAGAGCAGAGUUUCAGGAAUUGGAAAGGUUUGCUGUCAUUAACCGUUUUGCCAAAUUUCAUGUUCGUGGACAAAUGGAUGCCUCUGGAACCUCAUCAUCCUCUGCCGCUCCAAAACCAAUUCCACAGAGGCAUGUGCUGGCUUUUCCCAUGCCGCGGAAUCUGCCUGAGGGGGUACAAUGUCUCUCACUAUGACUCAACUAUUUAUCGGAAACUGAAUCCUCUUUUGUCAUCUGUAUUCUGCAUUCCAUACUGUUGCUUGUGCCCAAUUGUUAACACUUUAUUAACUUGAAAUACUGGCAUGCAAGAGGCUAAAUGCAAAAUGGAAUGGUGGACAGGUCAACUUCAAGUAACCAGGCAGCUUGUUAGUUUUGGACUAAGGCCAAUUGUUGUCAUUUUUGAGAAAGUAUAUAUUGUUUCUUGUAUAUCUUAAUGAAAUUCCAAGGAGAAUAGGAGUAUUCAAAUUAACUUUUUAUAGAGCCAGAGGAUCAGUAGUGUGGAUGUUCUCUAGUGCUUGUUACAUAAAUUAGUUAAAUUUAGCCUUAUAUAUAAUUUGUGGCUGCAAUUGUCUAGCAA